AUGCGGUCUCUUGCAUGGUUUAUCUCCCUUCCUCUGCUGGCAGACGCGGGUGAGAUUCUCUGGAGUGGCCUCUUCGAUGAAUCUGCAUCCGUCGCUGACUUCGACGAAUGGUCAUGGUCGAACCAGGUCGGUGCCUGGCAGUGGUAUAUUCACGGUUCCGGCUCCACAGAGGAUUACCUAGAGCUCUCGCCUGAUUACAAGAACCCGGCUGAUACCAGUGAUGCCCAGGGUAUCCGGAUCACGAUCGAUGGCACCUCCUUCUGGGAAGGACAGACGAUGGAACGAUCUGAGAUUAUUCCGCAGACGACGGCGGAUCUGGGGAGUGGUCAUUUGUUCUACCAUUUCUCGUUGAAGACGGAAGAGACGAAUGCGCCUAACCCGGGCUUCGAGCAUCAGAUUGCUUUCUUCGAGAGUCAUUUCACCGAACUCAAAUAUGGUACCGCUAGCGGCGCCACUGGGGAUGACAACACGCUGCGCUGGUGCGUUGGCGGAAUCCCGCAAUGGGAAACUGAUCUGGAAGCAGGCCAAUGGUACAACUUCGCGUACGAUAUUGAUUUCGAUGCGCGGACGGUCGGGCUCUGGGCGUCUAGUGGGUCGGAUGAUCUCACCCAGGUAGUUGCGGCCGUCGGUGCAUCGCCUUCCACCAACUCGGCCGAUUGGCAUGUUGGUGAAUUGCGACUGGAUAAUGGGGGCCUGGAUGCAGCUCCGGAAGAUUGGUUCUGGUCCGGCAUAUUUGUUGAAGAGGCCCCGAUUACAGCUGCUAUUGCUGGGCCUCUGUGA